AUGGCUGAGAGAGCGCCCGCAGUCGUUGUGGUCGGUGGCGCAGGCCUGGUGGGCCGAUAUGUGAUCAAGCGCUGGAAGCAGAAGAUGGAGGACUCCAUCAUCGUGGCUGCUGAUGGCCAAACAGGUGGAUCCCAGGCCGUUCGCAAGAGUGAUGUCCGCCCCUUCUACGAUUCGGGAGAGGAGACCACCUUCCAGGAUAAUACAGAGAUGGUGCAUUUGGAUGAUGCCAACAUCCUGGACAAUUUGCGCAAAAGGUACUGCAAGGACAAGAUCUACACUUACACCGCCAACGUCCUGCUCGCCGUCAACCCAUACAAGAGCCUGCGCCAUCUGUACACCCGCGAGGAGAUGGAGAAGUACUGGGGCAAGAAUCCAGGCACCCUGCCCCCGCACCCAUACGCCAUCGCUGAUGUGGCAUAUCGGCGAAUGCAGCGGGAUCGCAAGAAUCAGGCUCUGGUGAUCAGUGGGGAAAGCGGUGCCGGGAAAACAGAGACCGCCAAGAUCACAAUGCAUUACCUCACGUCCAUGUCGAGGACUGAUGUGGAGCACGGCAACAAGAUCCAGGAUAAAAUCAUCAGCGCGAACCCCAUCUUGGAAUCUUUUGGCAAUGCUUCGACUGUGAUGAACAUGAACUCAUCCCGCUUCGGAAAGUACAAUGAAAUGAUGUUUGACCGAGUCGGUUCUCUAGUGGGUGCUGGAAUCAAGACCUUUCUGCUGGAAAGCUCACGCGUUGUCGUCCAGCAGCACGGAGAAAAGAACUACCAUGUCUUCUAUGAGCUCUUGGCUGGCAUGGACGACGACCACUUGGAUAACCUUUCCCUUGACCGAGAGGAGAACUACAAGCUGCUGCACUCCAGUGGAACCCCGCCUCUGCAAGAAGGUUCACCUGAGUCACAGCGGCUUGCAAAGCAGUUCGAAGAGCUGAAGCAUGCACUGUCCCUGUUUGUGGGCGAAGAGGAGCAGGACCACAUGUGGGACAUCCUCGGUGCGCUUAUCCACUUGGGAGAGGUGGAGUUCGAGGAGACGGUGGCACCAUCUGAAGAUGCCCCUGGGCGCAGACUGCUCAGCACCCGAUUCGUCACCGUGCUUGUCGCCGAGCACCUGGGCACGACGAAGAGCAGCCAGACGGCAAGAGUGGCUGUUACGCAGGAGACCGAAGAGGCCUUAGAGACGGCUGCAGAUCUAUUGGGCCUCACUGGGCUGGGCAUCUCUCGCAUCCUGAAGUUUCGUGAGAUGCGUGUCAACCGACAAGGGCGCACGUCGCACAUCAAGUGCCCGCGAAGCCUCGCGCAAGCAAAGCAGACGCUCCAGUGCAUCAUCAAGGUGCUAUACAAGCGCAUGUUUGACAAGAUCGUGGCCAAGAUCAACGAAGUCUCCAACGCGAGGGUCCAUCCAGAUGCCAACUACACCAGCAUUGGAACCUUGGACAUCUACGGCUUCGAGCGCCUGGAGCACAACAGCUUCGAGCAACUCUGCAUCAACCUGGCGAACGAGCGCCUCCAACAGUUCUUCGUAGAAGAGGCGGCUUUGCUCUUGGAUAAUGUCCUGCAGGCGGAACAGCGCAUGUAUGAGGAGGAGCGGCUUACCGUGCUGGAGAUGGACCUCCCAGACUCCACCCCGGUUGUUCUGGGCGUGCAGAACGUCAUGAAGCUGUUGGAUGAGCACAGCCUGCGGGCCAUCAAGAACUUGGUGCGCACGGGUCCAAAGGACGACAAGGAUGCCAAGUACUGCGAGCAGGUGCAUCGAGAGCUCAUUCGCGAUCGCCAGGGUGGGCCAGUACUGCCCCUAAAGCUGAAGGCCAGCCGUUCUGGCGCCGGGCCCGGGCUGCAUGACGGCUUUCAGAUCUGCCACUACGCCGGUCCUGUGUCCUAUUCCACCAGGGGAUGGAUCGACAAGAACAACGACUCCCUGGUUCCUGAGAUCGAGUCCCUUCUGGCAGAUGGCAGCAAGGAUCUCGUCACAAGCAUGGCAGACACCAGCCGCAUGUCGGCCUUUACCGGAGAGCGCUUGUGCUCUGUGAGCAGCACCUACUUGAACAACCUCAACGAUUUGCUUUCCACGCUGAAGCGGUGCUCCGUGCACUACGUCCGCUGCUUCAACCCGAAUCAGGAGAGGAAGCCAGGGCUCUUCAAUCGAAAGUACGUCCUGGAGCAGGUCAUCCAGUGCGGGACCGUGGAGCUUGUGCGGAUCAUGCACUAUGGAUACCCCCACCGCUGCAUCCUUCGAGACCUCCGGGCGCGCUUCCAGCAGCUCUUGCCCCCAGAGUUCGCGCACUACUCGGACCGCAACUUCAUGCAUGCAGUGAUGCUUGCCUGGGACAUCGAUGAAAGCCAGUGGCUCGCCUAUGCAAAACUGAUAAGCGCCGGGCAGCUGCGGGCACUGGAGGACCUGCGUGACACGGGUGGUCAAGCCUCUCAGGCGGUCAUUCGCCGCAUCCGCAAGCAAUUCUCGCUGAAGAAGGCUCGAGCCUACGCACACGCGGUGGAGUUCUGCACCUACCUGCACAAGGUCAUGAGGGCCGGCAAGCGGGAGCGGAACCUGGCAAACUUGUACAAGGCUAUCCGUAUCAUGGUUCAGCUUAACCGGUGGAAGAACCGAGCGCUUCGACUGGCAAUGGACGAUGAGACCGAGUCGCUUUUCAGCCGGCCAUUGGGCAUCCCAUUUGAGACCAUGGCGCUGGAAGUCAGCAACAGGCGUGUCCCUCAGCUCUUCCUGACCAUGGCCGGCUUGGACAUGCCCAAAAGCCUUGCUCCAAAACUUGGGGCGCAGGGCCCCUCCAACGAGGACUACGAGCGCCUGUGGCAGACCGAAGCGAAGGAAAGCGUCCUCUACUUCCACGAUGGAGUGCUGAAGCCAAGCUGCAUGCGAAAGGUGUUUGAGCAGCCUCUUCAGCCCAGGAAGUCAGCCAAGCUUUGUGGCGGGGCCUUCCUGGGCAACUCGGCAGAGCGUGCGCUCUGCGACGUGCGGCGGGUCGACUGCAUCUCAGCUGCAAGGUGCCUGCUUCUGUCCACUAGCCCGAUGCAAGUUGCGACAGCGGUGCAGCAGUUCCAGUCGCACGGAGCCCCGAGUUCAAGCGAAUCAUCUGCAUGUGCCAGCAUCCGGAGAACAGCCGCGUGUUUGCACACUGCGAGCUCACGGGCAAUGAGCACACCAUCAUCAUCUGGAAAUGGGCUGGAACAAGUUCUGACCUGCGACGACCCGCAGUGUGUCUGCUUCAGUCCACCUCACAAGUGGCAGAUCUACCAGCUCUGUUUCCUGCCAAAUGUGGGCCAGCCGGGCGAGCACGUCCUGGCAGUGCUGGGCAGGAUGCGGGACUGCCACUGGCUGGCCAUCAGCAUCUAUUCCGUGUCCCGGGAUGGCAGGAUGCGCCUGCAUAGCAUCAAGAAGGUCCUCAUCAAUCUCCUUGCAGGCAGCAAGAACAUCGAGCUUCGCGAGCUGGAAGGGGGUGCAGAUUGUGAGUCGCACAUCCUGAAACUCAUCUUGUCCAGAGCCGAGAUUCCGCAGCUCCUGAUGCCACCACAGUUACGACUGUGCCCACUGCCCAUGGAGCCUGGAUCCCACGGUGGAUUCCUGGACUGGAUCUGGCUGGGCUUGAGCCACUCGGUGGAGACCAACCGCAGUCGUCGUGCUCUGAAUUUCAAUCCAAUGCACGCGUGUGUGACGCGCCUCCUUGCAGUGUGCUCGCUGUGCCUUCACAGCGUGUCACCUGCAGUAAACAAGCAGAAGUGCUGCUGCAUGUUGCAACCACGCACUGCCCUUUUUCGAAGCAUCUCGCCACACUGCCACAGAAUUCCGGAGUCAGGCAAUGGGGAGAUGUUCGGCAUUCUGGUCGAGGAGUCCUGGGAGGGGUUGCUGCAGUGCGCUCUUGCAACCUUUUCAAAGCCACAGGGGGUGCCCAUCCACACCAUCGUCGCGGUGAGUCAACCAACGGAGUGGCUUCCCGCCGUCAAGGUGUUUGAGGCCCACAACGUCUACUACAGCCUCACCAUGCGGCGACGGGACGUUUGCCCCAACGUCGUCCUCUCCAUGGGCGCAGAUGGAAAGCUCCUGCGGACGGAGCGCUGUGCACAGACACACCAGUGGGUCCCUUCGGGCGAGUGGGCGCUGCCCCUCCCUGGCAAGAGCUUCGCGAUCGCCUCUUCGGCUUUGUUGCCAUCGCUGUUGCUCCUGGCCCCCGGGCUUAAAGAAAGUUUGCGACUCUCUGAUGUGACGCGGAUGUGCUCCGAAGCUUUCCCGUAA